AUGACUGUGAUAGAGGACAUAUCAAUACUGACUCUGCUGACUCUCCCUUUGGCUGUGAUAAUGGAGAUGAGUUGUGAGACCUUUGCUGCAGCUCAUAUGAAAGAGAGUGCUAUUUAUGAUGCAUUUGAUAUUGGUUUCAUAACAACAUAUGACUUCACAAAUGUGGAUAUUCUGGAAGCAACUUAUCCAGCUGUUGCAAAGAGGUUACACAGUGAUUGGAUUAGUGAUCCUGCAAUUCCUAUUGUUACUUGCUGCCUUGGAAAGGGCUGGAGAUCUUGUGCAGUGACUACAUUGGGUAGGGCUGGCAGUGAUUUGACAGCCACAAUCAUUGGUAAAGCACUUGGGUUGCAAGAAAUUCAGAUGUAA